AUGGAUCUUUCUAAACUUGAAUUAUUACUCGAGCAGCAGAUGAAACUUAUUCAGAUGUUAGCAGAUGCAAAGCUUACGUCUAAUACUCAACCAAGCAGUUCUAAUCCUACUACUACUGCACCAUCAGUUGAUGGUAUCGCUAACAGUAUCUCCGAGUUUCAUUACGAUCCAGAAUCCAAUGUCACGUUUGAUAUGUGGUUUCGACGUUAUGAAGACUUAUUCAAAUUCGACUUUGCUAAUCAGGAUGAUGCUUGGAAGGUCCGCUUGCUGCUUCGAAAGUUGGGUCCUAGUGAAGUAGACAAGUAUUGCAACCUAAUUCUGCCUCUAAACCCACGCGAUCGCUCAUUCUCGGACCCUGUCCAGUCAUUGAGCCAACAAUUCGGAGACAACUCCUCACUAUUCAAUGCGCGUUAUCGAUGUUUGAAGCUCACCUUGAACGAAGAUGAUGAUUUUCUCACACAUGUGGGUAUCGUCAACCGAGAAUGUGAACGCUUCCGGUUGAAGUCGCUUACUGAAGACCAAUUUAAAACACUCAUUCUCAUCUGCAGCCUUCAAUCGCAGAAGUUCAGUGACAUUAGAACACGUUUGCUAAGUCGAUUGGACCAAGACCCAAAACUAACCCCUAAUGAUAUUGCAAACGAAUAUCAACGCCUAAUCAAUCUACAGCGUGACACUACGAUGGUCCAGCGUGGUGGUUCAGAUCGUACCGAAGUUCAUGUAGUCCAACAACCACGCAACUCGCAUAAAUCUGCCCCAGCGACAUCUAGUUCAGGUCGACAGACAAAAACAAAUCCUCCUGCUCCAUGCUGGCACUGCGGUGCAUGGCAUUUUGUUCGAUACUGUCCAUAUAAGCAACAUCGGUGCAGGAAAUGUAAUGCGGUGGGUCAUAAAGAUGGUUUUUGUCGAAAAAAGAAGCCAAGCAACUCCAAAGGUACCAAAAAGCCUACGCCUAGAUCCAACACGAAUUCGUUGAGUCUAAUAGCAAGCUAUGAGAACUCAUCCCCAGUUGAGAGGAAAUUUAUUACCCUUAAUAUUAAUGGGCACCCAUUUAGAUUGCAAAUAGACACUGCAUCCGAUGUAACAAUUCUCUCACGAAAAUAUUGGAUCAGAAUGGGAAGACCACGCAUGGUUCCAACAACACAAAAACCUCGAACUGCAUGCGGUAAUUACCUACGUUUGUUGGGACAACUAGAUUGUAAAGUGUCAUUUCACGAUUCGACGUUUACCGGUGUAUGUCACGUCACACCAGCUGAUCUUAAUCUACUUGGGUUAGACUGGUUUGACCGGCUACAUUUAGCUGACGUUCCUUUAAGCACCAUAUGCCAUCUGGUGAAACAACCUCAUGAACCUGAAGCAUAUUCGAAAGAACUAAUGACGCAGUUUUCAACCAUUUUCCAACCUGUAUUGGGUCAGUGCACUGCUAUGAAAGCAACACUUCGGUUGAAACCUGGAGCUAAACCUGUCUGUCGUCCAAAGAGACCAGUGCAAAGUUGGAUCUCGCUGAUGCCUAUCUACAAGUGGAAGUGGCUGAAGAUUCGAAAGAGUUACUUACCAUAA